AUGUCGCUUCUCGACCCCCGCACCCUCGCCCUCGUCGCCGUUGCUCUCGCCAUCGUCGCCGUUUCGUCAUGGCGCCGCCGGCGCUCGCUUCCUCCAGGUCCCAAGGGCGUCCCCAUCCUCGGCAACAUCUUCGACGUCCCUAAGGACUUCGAGUGGCUCACGUACGAUCGCUGGAGCCGGGAAUACCGAUCCGACGUCAUUUACCUCAACCUUGCGGGUACCCCCGUGCUCGUGGUCAACUCGGCGGAAGCCGCGCAUGAGCUCUUCGAAAAGAAGUCUUCUCUAUACUCAGACAGCGUCGGCUGCGACUGGCACUUUGUCUUCAUGGGCUAUGGCGACAGCUGGCGAGAACGCCGGCGCGUCUUCCACCAGUACUUCCACCCGAACGCGACGAUCGAGUAUCGCCCGCGCACGCUCAAAGUUGCACGCGAGCUUUUGCUCCGACUGCUCGACACUCCAGAUGACUUUAUGGUGCACCUUCGGCACAUGGCUGGUUCACUCAUCCUAGGGACCGUCUAUGGGAUUGAUACAGCUCUGCACGCCAUGGCCAUGGCCGGCAACGCGGGGGCUUAUUUGGUCGAUACCAUUCCCAUGCUGAAAUACGUCCCGGCCUGGUUCCCUGGCGCGAAGUUCAAGCGUCAAGCCGCCGAGUGGAAAAAGGCGACGGAUGCGAUGGUGGAGCGCCCGUUCAAGGCGGUGAUGAACGCCAUGGCUGAGGGCAAAGCAGUGCCAUCCAUAGUCACGUCCCUAUUGACUGGUGAAGAGGACAGGAAGCCCCCGGAGACCGUGAUCAGCGGUGUUGGUGCUGCUGCAUAUACCGCGCUGGGAACGUUCUUCCUCGCGAUGCUCAAAUAUCCGGAAAUCCAGCGCAAGGCCCAGGCUGAGGUCGACCGAGUCGUUGGCUCGGAUCGCCUCCCCGACUUCUCCGAUGACCUCCCUUACGUUACGGCGCUUGUGAAGGAGGUCUUGAGGUGGCAACCGGUUACGCCUCUCGCCGUGCCCCAUCGCCUCACACACGAUGAUGUGUAUAACGGCCACCUUCUACCCGCUGGGUCCGUCGUGGUGGGCAACUCGUGGGCGAUCUUGCACAAUGAGACAGUGUUCCCAGAGCCGGAGGAAUUCGUCCCGGAGCGGUGGAUCGACGAGUACGGGAAACUGCGGCCGGAGAUGCGCGAUGCCGAACUCGCCGCCUUUGGCUUCGGACGGCGCAUCUGCCCUGGCCGCCAUCUCGCGCUCAGCUCGACGUGGAUCGGGAUCGCGUCCGUGCUCGCAACGUUUGACCUCCAGAAGGGCGUCGAUGCGGACGGGAACGUCAUCGAGCCCGAGGUCAAGUACACGAGCGGCCUGGUGUCGUGA